GCCGCUCCCACUCACACUGACAGCGGGCAUCAGGGGACCAGUCGAACCGAGAGUCACUCAGGGUGGAACCAGCCUGCAGUAUUAACAACAGCCACUUUAACGCUGAACUGAUUAAACGACAUACUCUGAAUUUAACGGAGGAACCAUGUCCAAGGGACCAGCAGUCGGCAUUGACCUGGGCACUACCUACUCCUGUGUAGGAGUGUUUCAGCAUGGCAAAGUGGAGAUAAUUGCCAAUGACCAGGGAAACAGGACCACACCCAGUUAUGUUGCCUUCACUGACACUGAGAGGCUGAUUGGAGAUGCAGCCAAGAAUCAGGUGGCCCUGAACCCCAACAACACAGUAUUCGAUGCAAAGCGUCUCAUCGGACGUCGUUUUGAUGACGCCGUUGUCCAGGCAGACAUGAAGCACUGGCCAUUUACUGUCGUCAAUGAUUCCAGCCGCCCCAAAGUAAAAGUGGAUUACAAAGGCGAGACGAAAACCUUCUACCCAGAGGAGAUCUCUUCGAUGGUACUAAUCAAAAUGAAGGAGAUUGCAGAGGCAUACCUCGGGAAGACUGUAACAAACGCAGUAGUGACUGUGCCUGCCUACUUCAAUGACUCUCAGCGCCAGGCCACCAAAGAUGCAGGGACCAUUUCUGGGCUUCAUGUCCUCCGCAUCAUCAACGAACCAACUGCGGCUGCUAUUGCUUAUGGCCUGGACAAAAAGGUUGGAACUGAGAGAAACGUCCUAAUCUUUGACCUGGGCGGUGGUACAUUUGAUGUCUCCAUCCUGACUAUUGAAGAUGGCAUCUUUGAGGUCAAGUCCACAGCAGGCGACACACACCUGGGUGGAGAAGACUUUGAUAACCGCAUGGUCAACCACUUCAUCGCCGAGUUCAAACGCAAGUUCAAGAAAGACAUCAGCGAAAACAAGAGGGCGGUGCGUCGUCUGCGCACAGCGUGCGAGAGGGCCAAGCGCACUUUGUCAUCCAGCACUCAGGCCAGCAUUGAAAUCGACUCUCUGUACGAGGGAGUUGAUUUCUACACCUCCAUCACCAGAGCCCGUUUUGAGGAGCUGAACGCAGACCUGUUCCGAGGAACCCUGGAGCCUGUGGAAAAGGCUCUCCGUGACGCAAAGAUGGACAAGGGUCAAAUCCAUGAUAUUGUCCUGGUGGGAGGUUCCACUCGCAUUCCCAAAAUCCAGAAGCUCCUGCAAGACCUUUUCAAUGGAAAGGACCUCAAUAAGAGCAUUAACCCUGAUGAAGCAGUGGCCUAUGGUGCAGCUGUGCAGGCAGCCAUCCUGUCGGGGGACAAAUCAGAGAAUGUGCAGGACCUGCUGCUGCUGGAUGUGACCCCCUUGUCUCUGGGCAUCGAGACCGCUGGAGGAGUCAUGACGGCUCUCAUUAAGAGGAACACAACGAUCCCCACGAAGCAGACCCAGACUUUCACCACCUAUUCUGACAACCAGCCUGGUGUGCUCAUUCAGGUGUUUGAGGGUGAAAGGGCCAUGACCAAAGACAACAACCUUUUGGGCAAAUUUGAGCUGGUUGGAAUCCCCCCUGCACCCCGAGGGGUUCCUCAGAUCGAGGUGACCUUUGAUAUCGACGCCAACGGCAUCAUGAAUGUGUCUGCCGCCGACAAGAGCACCGGGAAGGAGAACAAGAUCACAAUCACCAAUGACAAAGGUCGCCUGAGCAAGGAGGACAUUGAGCGUAUGGUCCAGGAAGCAGAUAAGUACAAGGCUGAGGAUGAUGUGCAGAGAGAGAAAGUGGCUGCCAAGAAUGGUCUUGAGUCUUACGCCUUUAACAUGAAGUCCACUGUGGAGGAUGAGAAACUGAAGGACAAGAUCAGCGACGAGGACAAACAGAAGAUUCUGGACAAGUGUAAUGAGGUCAUCAACUGGCUGGAUAGGAACCAGUCUGCCGAAAAAGACGAGUUUGAGCAUCAGCAGAAGGAGUUGGAGAAGUUGUGUAACCCCAUCAUGACCAAGCUGUACCAGAAUGCAGGAGGGAUGCCCGGGGGGAUGCCAGGGGGGAUGCCAGGUGGCUUCCAAGGAGCUGGUGCUGCUCCUGGAGGAGGAGGGUCCUCCGGCCCCACAAUCGAGGAGGUCGACUAAACUAGAGGUUUACCUAACAUGCAUGAGCUUGUUCUCUUUCCUGUUUGUAGGUGGUUGGUGUGAAAGGGGAUCAGUUAUAAUAUCUCUAAAUUGUUAUAUUCACAACCAUUAACUGUGCCUCUUGGGAAUGUUUUGAUUAUUUUUGUAUGCCAGGCUUAAGGCAACACUUUGCACUGUGGGUUUUUCUGGGAAGCAGUUUUUUCAAGCACCUGUGUUGCAUCCAGUUGAACCAGUGCCUGUUUGUAUUACCACAGUUUGUUUUUUUCUUUCUGAGUUGGUUAUGUGUACUUUGCAAAAUGAGAAUAAAUAAAAUAUUCUUUUGAACUUUGA